CUAAACGGCGGCUCCCCCCCAGCGAAGGAAUGGCUAUCGUGCUAAUAGCUACAACAUUGCAACUAACUAGCAGCGUGCAGCGCGGCGUCACUCCGCAGAGACGAUGUAGCGGCUGCGCUAGCCACAACAAAGAUUUGAAGCAGCGCUGUGAUUCCUCGGAGGAGAGGAGAGGAGAGGAGGCGGUAGGGGGGUUGUUGUCUACCUCAGCUGUUUCUCCCUCCGGCGGGGCUCUCCGCUCAUCCGACGCAGGGAGGAGAGGGUACAGGGAGGGAGAGAGAGGGGCGAUGGCGGCAGGUGGAGCAGGAUGCGGGGAAUCGGUGGAGCAGUGUCGGGCCGAGGUGGAGCGCCUGAGUCGGGAGCUGGCGGAGGCUAACCGCGAGAAGAUCAGGGCGGCGGAGUGCGGGCUGGUGGUCCUGGAGGAGAACCAGAGUCUGAAGCAGCAGUAUGCCGACCUGGAGGCCGAACAGGAGGCGCUGAGGCUGGAGCUGGAGCAGCUGCAGGAGGCAUUCGGCCAGGCCUACUCAACCCAGCGUAAGGUGGCAGAAGAUGGGGAGACCAACGAGGAAACGCUGCUGCAGGAGUCUGCCACCAAGGAGGCCUACUAUAUGGGCCGCCUCCUGGAGCUCCAGUCAGAGCUGAAGCACAGUCGGGCCACCGCCUCCAACGCUCAGGCGGACAACGAACACCUGAGCACACUGCUGCAGGAGCUCAGAGAGAGUAACGAGAUGUUGGAGCUACAGCGCAGCCGGAUGCGGGAGGAGAUCAGGGAGUACAAGUUUCGAGAGUCACGGCUUCUCCAGGACUAUACAGAGCUGGAGGAGGAGAACAUCUCCCUGCAGAAACUGGUGUCAACACUCAGACAGAACCAGGUGGAGUAUGAAGGCCUGAAGCAUGAGAUCAAGGUCCUGGAGGAGGAGACAGAGCUCCUGAACAGCCAGUUACAAGAUGCGCUGCGUUUGAAGGACAUCUCAGACGGCCAACUGGAGGAGGCGCUGGAGUCUCUGAAAAGUGAGCGUGAGCAGAAGAACCACCUGCGCAGAGAGCUGGUUCACCACCUCAGCAUGUGUGAUGUGGCUUACACCGGCAGUGCCCACCUGACGUUCACCUCCGCCCCGCCCAGUGGCAAUGCCACCCCAACCACUCUGCUCUCUCCAAACGCAGAAGAGCCAAUGAGAUGCUACACUGUACUGUCUGUCAGAUGUAACGGCCACCUUCAGGGUAUAUCUGGAGUAGGCACAGCUGCAGGGUCUGUGUCCAGGGCUAAUGGAGAGUACCGAGGGCCAGGUCGGAAAACUGAGGUGACAGCAACAUCAGACCUCUUCAGUGAGAUGAACAUGACAGAAAUCCAGAAGCUCAAACAGCAGCUGAUGACGGUUGAACGCGAAAAGGUAGCACUGAUAAGCAGUCUGCAGGAGUCCCAGACUCAACUCCAACACACCCAGGGGGCCCUAUCCGAGCAGCAUGAGAAGGCCCUCCGCCUUAGCCAGAAAAUCAUUACCCUCCGACGCCUGCAUCGAAGGGCCCACUCCAGUGCCACCUCUCAUCUCAACCAUGAGGUUCUGAUGGAGCUAGACAGGGAUGAGGAGGAGGCUGAAGAGGGAGAAAAAACUGAAGAGGAUAAGAAUGAGACACUGAACAAAAGUCAGGUAUUUUCAUACCAGACACCAGGUCUGGAGAUCCUGCAGUGCAAGUACCGUGUGGCUGUGACAGAGGUGGUGGAGCUCAAGGCAGAGGUGAGAGCUCUUCACGACAGACUGGCUCAGUGUGUACAGGGAGCAGCAGAGGAGAAGCCGAGGAGAAACAUUCAUCUCCAGAAGCUGGAAAGACAGGUCGCCUCAUUGGAGAAGAGCUGCCGGGAGGGACGGGAGAAGAUUUCUAGCCUGGAGUUGGAGUUGAAAACAGCUCAGUCAGCAGCCAGUGAGAGCCAGGGGGCGUUAAACGUGGCUCAGGAUGAGUUGGUCACACUGAGCGAGGAGCUUGCCCAGCUGUACCACCACGUCUGUCUGUGCAACAACGAGACACCCAAUCGUGUCAUGCUGGACUACUACAGACAAGGCAGAGGGCUUAGGGGCCUCAGUGCCAGUCUUAAAGCCAUGUCUUCAGACAACAGCAAAGUUCUCCUCACACCACGCCUUGCCAGGCGGCUGGCCGCUGUUGCUUCGACAACCUCAACUUCUGGGGAGUCACGGAGCCCUUCAGAGUCUCCAUCCAAGGAGCCCUUAACUGGGGAGGGUGGAAGGGAGGAGAAGGAGGGGGACAUAGAGAGCCUCCAUGUGCCAUCUGAGCAGAGCCUGCCGCCCUGCACACCUCCGACCCGCUCGCCCAGCAUCAGUGCCUCUUCGUCAUCGUCAUCAUCAUCAUCACCUGCCCUGGAACCAGUUGGUGAGCUGCGCAGGGAGCCCAUGAACAUCUACAACCUCAACGCCAUCAUCAGAGACCAGGUGAAGCACCUCCAGCGAGCAGUAGACAGAUCUCUGCAGCUGUCUAGACAGAGAGCUGCAGCCAGGGAACUGGCCCCUAUUCUGGACAAGGACAAAGAAAGCUGCAUGGAGGAGAUUUUGAAGCUCAAGUCUCUGCUCAGCACCAAGAGAGAGCAGAUAGCAACCCUCAGACUGGUGCUCAAGGCUAACAAGCAGACGGCAGAGGGGGCCCUGGCCAACCUGAAGAGUAAGUAUGAGGCGGAGAAGUCCAUGGUGACAGACACCAUGAUGAAGCUGAGGAACGAGCUGAAGGCCCUGAAGGAGGACGCUGCCACUUUCUCCUCUCUGCGAGCCAUGUUUGCCACCAGGUGUGACGAGUAUAUGACCCAGCUGGACGAGAUGCAGAGACAGCUGGCUGCAGCCGAGGAUGAGAAGAAGACUCUGAACUCCCUCCUGCGCAUGGCCAUCCAGCAGAAACUGGCCCUCACCCAGCGCCUGGAGGAUCUGGCCUUCGAUCAAGAGCAGACCCACCGCACCCGCGGGAGCAGGCUAGCACGCAGGAAGACCACCACCCCCAAAGUAAGUCCACCGGCCUCCGCUUCGGCCGCCAACCUAGACGAACCCUCCACUUCAGCCUUGGCCCCAGUUAGCCUCUCCCUUUCAGCCCUUACUAGUCCUACGUCAGUUCUUCCUGAUGAUCCCACUGUGUCCCUUAGCCCGUCUGUGGUCAGUGCAGCUGCUGCAGCUCUGGCUUCCGUUCUCACCUCCCCUACGUCACACAUACCCCCUCGCAGUCCGUCAUCAUCAGCAGUCACCUCAUUGGCUGGCCCUCCAGUGCCAGAGAACCCCCCUUCUCUGGAGGCCCCAUCCUCUCCUUCAACGCGGACCUCACCCUCAACCCCUCUGAGGCUGGCUCACUCUCAGUGGACCCUGGGGGUGCGGACGUUUGUGGUUGACUCCCACAGUUUCAGUGUCAACAUCUCCCCAGCUCUCUCCCGUAGCUCUGGCCUCUCCAGGCACACCCCAGACUCUCAAGCCUCGCCCUCAUCCACCACCACCACCAGGCCCACCCAGCCAGGAUCUGCCCCCUCCUCUCCCUACCGGUCCCCUGUUCUUGGGCUGAGGCGCUCCACAUGGAGCCCCUCAGCCCGAACUCGUCCCUUGUCCAGCCUGACACGCUCUUCUGUCCUCCACACUCCUUCUUCAUCCUCCUCUUACUCCUCCCAUUCCCCUUCUUCGUCUAACAGCUAUUCCUCUGCUUACUACAGCUCCUCUUCUGCUUUUACCCCCUCUAAUUCCUACACCCACUCCACCCAUUACACACCCCUCUACCCCAGAUAUUACAGUUCCUACCGGCCUCGGCAAUGAUGCCCUACUCUAAGCCCUUUACUGUAAGCCUUUUGAAGGCUUUUCCACCACGCUCCUUAUUGACAGUAAAACUGCAGCUCCCAUCAUCCUUCUCUUUUUGUCACCUGAGAGAGUAUGGGCUCACAGAGAGGAGGACAGAGUGGUUUCCUGUUUCCCAGUUCCCUGUUUUCCUGUGCCUAAGCUUUGGCCAAUGGGUUCUGAAUGUUCAGUGACUUUGCUCAGGGAUUUGACGUAAGGAGCACAAGCGGCCCGGCCUUCCUUUUAUUCUGAGGCUGCUGAUUGGUCCACAGGAGGAGGAUAAUAGAGACUUUUUAAUGAGAGUUUUUAGCAUUUAGGUUCUUCAGGUUGAGACCACACAUGCAUGAAGUGAUUCAAACACAGAGACAUUCAGACAUUGACUGGCUACUUGGUGGACACUUUGAUAGGAUCGGACGAGGGCCACGACACAUUAAAAAACCUCCUCUAUAUUCAAUGUAAUAUCCACUCUGUUUUAAAUGGUAGUGAGUCUCAUAUACUGUAUACACAAACACUGUAAACCAUGCCAUUCAGUGCAAGCAUUCUCCUUUGUUGAUAAUGCUUAAGGGUUCUCUGAAGGUUGAUUCAAACAAAUGAGUUAUAUGAAAUGUUCAUAGCUGUUUUGGAUGGCCACCCAGAUGGUGGGGUGAGAUGUCUGUUGUCCUAGAGAGGGGUGAGACAUGAUGAUCUUUCCUCAAAGGAGCUUGGUGGUAGUAGUUGAAGAAUAAUAAAAAGAGAGCCUGUAUGUUUUCUGCCUACACACACAAGGCCAGUCACUGCAGCCAUGCCAAGUCAACAUGCUUGUUAUCUUGUCAGUUUCAAAAAGUUACAAAACCCCAUGAAUUCAAACGUUGGAAGGCUGUGAGGAUACACUGUUUGAGGGGCUGCUUGGCCUUCCAACAUGAACACUGAAACAUACUGACUCCUUCAUGGUUUCAGCUUUGAUUUCACUCUAUAAUCUCUCACACACUUAUUGUAUGAUGAUGCAGCUGUGGACAACGAUUGAUGAACUAGUCAUUGGUAUAUGUUCUGUCACACUUUCCAAAAUGAAUACAUUAACACGCCUCAAUGGGGGGUAUACUUCUUAAUUUCUUGUCCAGGGUUGUGGCCAUCAUCAGUCUGCUCCUCUCUAGCACCACCUAGUGGUUUCUUCUUAUAUAGCCAUGUACACAGCUAUGCAUGUUCACAUUUGGAUGCUCUUAUACUGCAGACUUCCUUCCCCUUCCAUGUUAAAAAUGGAUCUGAGGUGCAGGCUGUAUUGAAGGUUGUGGUAGUAUGAGAAGGCGGAAGGGAGGUGGAGCGCUCCCAAACAUGGCAUAUGACCAGUGUAGGAUCAGCUGAAUCCCAUAGUCUAGUCUAGUCACUGUAAAAAGAAGCAAUAUGACUUGGAGUAAGCUCUGGGAUGUGUCUUAUUAGUCUGACAUUGAUUUCUCCUCAUUUCUCAUUUGAACCUAAUUUAAGUAUAUUGUAAAACAAGACAUAUUUGCAUGUAACAAAAAGAUCUGAACCCUUGUGCAAAGCAGCUUAUUUUUUAUUCUUUGCUCAUUUUGGACCCCAAACCAGACCAAACCAGUUGUUGAUUAAAUCUUUAAAUCAGUCAGUCAAGAUAAUACUUUUUUCUCAAAACAAAUAAAUCCCACAAAUGGGGAAAUUGGGGAACUCACUCAACAAACUUUCAAAGUACAACCACAGCUUAACAUCCACACACCGACAGGAAGAGGAAGAGAUUCAAGACUAUUCUGACUCACCAUCAUGGCUGACUUCAGAGUUAUACACAAUGUAGCACCGUCUUGUGCCUCUGAAGCCAUCUGCAGAGGUUGGUCCAGUAACACAGAAGGAAUGUAUUCAGGUGGAAGGCUUGUUCACAGCACUGCACCAAACUCAGGGAGCGUGACACGUCAUUCAACCUGGAAUGACAACCAAACCUGACUGACAGAACGCAUCUCCCAGAUUAGAAAUGAAGGUUAGAGUAAAGUUCUAGUGAAGUUAAAGGAAUUCUGAAAUGAGAGAAGAAUGAUAUCAAUUUCAUCUGGGUGUCCAGUACAGAGACAGGUUGGGUUUGUGUAGCACAACGAUUUCAAACAGGGGGAAACUAUUACUAUAACUUAUGCUUUGCUUAAAUUAGCUGAGUCAACUGAACAAGAGUCUGGAUUUGAUUUCAGAUAUUCUUUUUGUAACUGCCAGUGAUGGUAGCAGUUAUUUUGGAGGCUUGUUGAAACUUUGACACUUUCUGCCAAGUAGGCAAUAAGAAGCUGUCAGUGAUUCCUGAUACCUUUGACUCGGAAUUAGAACUAGGAGGCUGGGGUUUUUCCCACUCUGCUGCCCAUAAUUACAGUUACAGGAACUAUUUUGUUUGGCUAUCAUACAGGGUUAAAGAGGAAGUCACCAGUUCAUCCACACCUCUGUACUGGAUUCACAGAUGGAUGUUGAUCUUCUCAUUCUUCCACAAAAUGUUUUUUGAUGAAGGAUAGCAUCAACAUAUCUGUGAUCCUACCAGUUCAGCACACAUGAUACCGUAUUCCCUGUGUCUGUGUGUGCCUUACAAAGCCUAUUAUACAGCAGUGUAGCCUAAUAACAAAUGCCUGUCUGGAAACCUUUUUAAUGUGCUUACUUUAUUUUUCAUUUCCACACCUGCACCUCAAGCUUAAAUGCUGGUUUUCUGUGUGUUUUCUUUGGUUCGGAUUGCUUUCAGUGGGGUGGAAAAUCACUCAGCAAAGUCAUAUAAAACUUACCUGUCAGUAGAUAUUUUUUUUGUCUGGGUGCUGUCCAGAAUAUGAACUUUGCAAAUAUACAACCCAUGUACACCUUCCUUCUUCCCAUUUGCAUCAUUGGAACCUUUAAUCACCACUUUUCUUCUUUCUUUCCUUAUUAAUUCAGACUAUCACUGUUGUCUGUUGAAGCCUGUUUUUUGUCUAAUACUGUAAAUGGCUGCACCCUCUUGACUACAACACAGAGGUUUUUCAAUAUGCAACGUGGGGCAAAAACUCAUUUGACAGCACCUUUUUUUUCAGAUUACUGAUUGGCUCUUUUGAAAGACGUCUUUGCCCCAAAGGGCCCACAUCUGGUCUUUAUUUUUUUCCCCCUAUUGUUAACCAAUGAAGCUCUACAAUCAAAUUUUUUUUAAAGAUGAAAUAGCAUUUGAGGAGUAGACUUCUUUAUAUUUUCUGUAAUGCUCCAAUGAUUUCCUAAUGGAACAUUGUGAACGUAAGAACGAAAGAAAAGUAUGAUAACAAAAUGUUUUAGAACUAAAGCCAAUCAGGUUCUUUGAAGCCUGACCUCAGUGUGUAAUUUGAAUCAGAUAACGGGAACAUAUAUUGAUAACUCUCUUUGGUGGACACAAUGUAGUACAAAUCACAUCAUUUACUGCUGACCGUUUUCUAAAUGAUGCUGUAUAAUAUAUUUUUCCUUCUACUUUACUUAUUUAGUUGAAACUUGCUGAUUUAACAGCACAUCGUUUAUAUAUGUUCUGCAUCUCUGACUACAAGAACUUGGGCAUUUCAGUUAUUGAGCAGCUCAUACAAUUUAUUACAGGAAGAAUGCUAAAAAUAAUUUCAUGACAGGAAAUAUUCUCAGCUACCUAUAAGAUUAAUGUCAAGGCAUGAAUGUGCUCAGUGCUGUCACUAACGUGGCUGGAAGAUAUAGUACAGCAGCCAGUGAAUAAAAUGGCUACUAUUCCCAAUAGUGUAAAUUGGGAAUAGUAUCAUAUUUGUAAAAGGUCAUGUUUUUUUCUGUUUCUGACUUAUACUCCCAUAACAUAGUUUUUUUGCUGCCUCAUAGGUCACUAGAGAGCCAUGUGCUGAGUUUGUAUUUUUUAUCACUCCUCCCGUUACAAAUGUUACGAGCUGCUGAAAUGACCACGUUGCAGAAGAUAGUGAUGUAGAAAAUACAGUUAGCGUUCACUUUUGUCCAUCGCUGUGUGAUGAUGCAAAGAAUUUCAGGUUGAUUUAAACACAUUAGUGAAAAGAAAGAAUGGCUUAAUUAAAUGUAAUACACAGAUUUUGAAAUUUGUCAGCAGUAAUGUUGAUGAGUUUGAAUGAAGGUCCAUAUAAUCAGUAAUAAUACACCCUCAGCCAUGUGGAACCACUGAUGCUUUAUUAAAAGGAAGAUCUGAUGUAUCUGAUGUUAGCUUGAAAUGUUUUUUCCAUCUGGGUGAAAUGCGUUUGGUAAAUAUUAGUGUCUGCUGUCAUUGUCUCAGCUAGUCAGCAAUAUUGCAUUUCUUAUUGCUUAGACAGACUAAUAUUUACUACAUUAUGGUAUAUUUACCUUCAUUUACAUUUCUAAGAUUCUAUUAGUCAAGGCAAAUCCAAAGCGGUCUCAAAUAGAAGAAGAAGAAUCUUGAAACAUUUGUUGUGUGGAAUCUAAAUUUUGGCUGAGGUAAAAGAAGGAAACCAGUGUGAUCUCCUCUCUGUGAUACCCUUGCUCUGUCCAAACAGACAAAUGACAUGCACUGACACACACACACACACACACACACAGACAAACGUUCUCCCUGUUCUCCACCAACAUACAAACUAUUGAUAAAUUUUGAUUAGGGGAAAAUUUUACUAAUGACAAGCUGAAGUCUGUCAAAUGUCGUUUUCUGCCCCAUGGUACACCUAUUGGAAAACUAGUUGUAUAGUUUCAUGUAUGUGUAUGUAGGUAGCUGGCCUGCUGUUUGAUGGUGUACUAGUAUUGGCAGCCAUCUCUGGAGUGAAUGAUAUGCCAAGUGUUGAAGGUUGGUUUGGAGAGAAAGACACUGUAAAGGGUAUUUGUUCAGUGUGAUAUUGAGGUACUUAUCGUACUACAUUGUAUUGGUGAAAGUAUUCAUUUCACAGUUUUUUUAUUAUUAUUAUUUUGUCCAAAAGCGUUGCAUUAUUGCUUCGAAGCAAGAGAGUGACUUUAUUCUAAUCCAGUGAAAGGAGUUUUCUCAUACAGACAUUCCAUAAAGAAAUCAUCUUAUUGAAGAGAGAAAGGUAGUGUUAUAGGUUGAACUAUUACCAAACAAAUGGCAUACUCCUUUUCCUUAGUAUGUGACUGAGACUAAGAAUAUGUUGGGAGAGCUCUAGGUUAGGAUUUUUAAAAGGCAGCUACACUAUCUAGAUAACCAAGAAACCUUUGCACACCAAGAUUGUAGUAGCCACACAGAGAACCAAAUACCUUAUGUGUGUGGGUCCUCUCAAGUUUGGUCUGUCAGUGGAAAAAACUGAAGCCGUUUGCUCAAAAAGUGCCAUAUAUGACCACAUCUUGCUGAUACAGAAAAUGAAAAUAAGUAUUGUUUGUGAUGUAGGUGAAUUGUAGGGGAAAUGUAGGGGCCUGUACAUAAAAUAAAAAAAAGUAGGAAGGAAGAAUAAAUAACUAAAAUAACUUGAAAAGCAAAAUCCAUCACAAUGAGCAAAGUACAAGUAGUGAUGCUGCAACAGUACAGAGAAAAUCCAGCUGUAUAUAUCAUACUGUAACCUUGCUCAACAUUGUCUAGACCAGGAUUAUACAUUUUUAAAAUUCAGUGUAAAAUCAGUCCCCACAAGACCUUUGCAGGUUGAGGCUAGUCAAUUACGUAUAGUCCAUGUAAGGCUGUAACAACAGGAGGAAAGGGAGGCCAGCAUGGUGUAGGCGUAGAUGAGAAACCAACAGUUAUGAUGACAUAUAGUUUUCAAAAGAUUGUAUUGAGUUACAGAAGCUACAGAAGAAGCAGCGAGGUGACGUCAGCAUUGGUGAGGAACAGAAACAUCUUUCGGGUUUGAGAAACACCAAAUGUAAACUGUUGCUAUUCAGAGAUGAGCUCCACAAUCAGUUAGCAUGUCUGAAUAAGAACUGUUAAAUACAUCCAUGAUGACAUUAAUGGACCAACUAUGAGGAGCCCCACAUGCUAAAGGAAAACUAAUGCAUUUGGGUUCCUCUGUAGGGCUAACACUGCAUGUACUGUAGUUUUCUUCCUUUUUGCCUUGCGUCUUUUUUGGUCUUCAGUCUGAUCUCUGCUUAGACAGACAAAGUGUGUUUUUGGCCCCAACACCUAGAUUUAAGAUCCAAUCAUUUUUAUGAAAUGUCUGUCUAGCUCUAACUCCAAUCUUCUCCCACAUCAUCACGCCACACUAUGGGUUUACAGUCUUGUUUAACUGUGAUCAAACCUUUUUCGCUGGGAGUUCUGCCCCAGCUUACUGUAAGCAGCACCUCCGAGCUGACGCCCUGCUGUGCAAACAUCCAGACUGUUAAAUGUCAUUUCAUUAAAUGUGUCUGAUGCCUGUUUGCUGUCUGACCACUUUAAAUGCACGUGUACAUACCAAGUAUUUUAAAGCUUUAACUGUACAGUGUUAUGUUAAUAUAUACUGUAAAUACCUAUGAAUUACUACAUUGUGUGUCAUAUUUUGUCUCUAGUCGGUUGAUCAUCAUUCUCCUCUAUAUAAUACUAGAAUAUAAUUACUAGUUAUAAAAUUCAUAUAUUAUACCUAGCAAUAUAAUCCCUCACACGACAAAACUCAAAAAGACAGGAAGAACGUUCCUUGAACAUACUGAAUCCAACCCAACCAUAACAUUACUGACGUGUAGGUAAGUGCUGAGUCCUUUUUUUCCCCCUUUGGACAAGCAUUUAUUAUCUUUCAUGUUUAAAUCUGAACUAUUACAGUGUGUAUCUGUGCUGUGUGUCUGUCUAACAGUGUCAGUCUCUUGCAGAUUGUCAGCAGCCUUCUGCCACAGUGCCAUUCCUCAUACCCUCCCCAGAGCUGAGGAUCUGAGCCUCCUCAGCUCCUUUCACGGGUAAAAGCAACAUCACGGUCACACUACCAGCAGACUCAAGAGACACGCCUUUACACCACAAGUCGGUCUUAUCAAUCAUAAGCCAUGUUUACAUCCUAAUGUAUCGUAAAUGUAUAAUGUGCGUAAUGUAUUUCAACUGAAUUGUGAGUAACUCAGCAAAAGAAAAUACAAAUGCAUGUUUGUUUCCAACCAAAGACCAUGUUGUAAGUAUUCAGAGUUGGUUAAGGAGAUGAGCAGUAGGUGGCACCAGUCAGACAAUCAGAGAAGGGAGGUGCAAUAAUAUGAUGUAAUUAAGAGAGCAGCAGGAAGCGCGAAUGUGAUGUGACGAAAGUUACAUCAGAUCUGUGUGGAGCCGUCAUGGAUGGAUUAUAGAGCCACAAUGCAUAUCGUAACACAGCUGUAGUCAUGAUGCAGGUCUGUCAGUAUGUCGGUUGGUCGGUCCACCACUUUAGUUGAGACUGAAAUAUCUCAGCAGCUAUUGGAUUGGAUUGCCAUGAAAGUCCUACUGACUUUGGUGAGCUCACUGAUUUUUUUCGACUAGCACCACCAUGAGCUUCACAUUUGUGCUCCAUUGGAUCCAUUGCCUUGAAACUUAGACAUUCAUGGUCUCCUCAGAAUUAACUGACUUUGGAUAUUUAAUUUAGUGCCAUCAUCAAAGGAAAAUUUCAGUUUGGUUCGUCGUCCAAAUACCUGCAUAUUCCCAUUAGUACUUUUUGUUUAGUGCUAAUUGGCAAAUGUUAUCGCGCUGACACACAAAGUGGUGAACAUGGUUAACAUUAUUCUUAGCAUUAGCAGAAGCAGUAGAGCAGUGGAAUUUAAACGUAUAUCUCCAAGCUUCACUGUGCCUACGCACACCCUGACUGUUCAAGUGUUCAAGCUUAUCAUUAACACAGAUGGGUAACAAUGGGUUAUAUUAGACACAUGACAUGGAUAUUGUGUGGGUCUGUAGGUAAUUACUUCAAAGGAACAUGAUCUUUUCAUUAAUGCUCACAAAAGAAUAUGUUAUAAUACGCUACUUGGCAGGUAGCUGCUAGGCAUUAUGGGCUAUAUAAAGGACCGGACACCUAUAUUUCAUAUUGUAGCUCAGUCAUGGUCUCUGCUCCCUGCUCUAUUAUUCUCAGCAGCAGUGUGUCGACCUUCUUGGAUCACCCAGCAGACGCCCACCAUGAGUGCCUCCUGUAUGGCUUCCUCAGUCCCCCCUGACCCCUGAUACCUGACCCAGAAGACUCACCCAGCAUUUUGUCCAGGUGGGGAGUGGGGGGGGGGACCCACCCACCUCCAAACUGUCCCACAAUGCCUCUGCAGGGAGUGCCUGGCUCACACUUACAUUGCUAUGGAGAAGCAUAAGUGCUACUGUGACACUUGCUACUGCCAGCAGAGCCUCAUGAACCUACCGACACAGCCAUUACCAGAACUGCAACACUUAUUUAUCCAUGUAUCUAUCCAUUUAGUUUGAUUGUUUUAGUCGUCACAAUCAAAUUCAUCAAAUCUUCUUUUGUGUCACGCACAGUGGUUACUGUGUGUGUAUUUCUGUGUAUCACAACAACAGUAUGUCUCCAUACAAGUAUGUUAACUAAGUAACAUACUUGUAUGUAAUGUUAACAAGUAUGUGUAUUUCAUAAAGCAUGCGCAGCUGUAUAUAUUCUCGCUCUUAUGCUCCAAACAUCAUUCUGUGUAAAUCAUUGCAUUGCACUCUGUCAUGUUUGUUCUGUUUUACAUGUAUUAUUCCUUCACAUAAAGUCUGCCUCGUCAUUAGAAUAACUGAAGAAAAUCCCAUGUAGGAUUAUAAGCACAAAGUGAAGCAACGCAUUCCAAAACCUGUUGUGUGUGACUGUUAGUGUCAUAUCAAAAGCUGCAAAACGCCAGCAGCACGUCAAUAUUCAACAUGUCCUCUUUGUUCAGGCGGCAGUGUUUGGAUGUGACUUCAGACAGCGUGAUAACAGUCAGGCUCCUUCACAGUGAGAUAGGACUUUGUUAUCAAUCCACAAACGCUGAGUCACUUGCAGCACUCACUCAACUGCCAAAGGAUGAAGCCAACAGGGCCCAACUGGAUCUGAGCUGCAUCCUGGAGAGAAAAGGAAUGUACAUCAUUUAAAAAUGUGUGAGUGUAUUCUGCACAGGGCAGACCUAAUGAUGGGGUUUACUCACUUCACUGUGCUGUACUGAAAUAGAAACCUUCUGCAAGUUUACCUGCUUUAGGUUUAAGCACCACUUUGUCUCCGAGGCGUCUGAUGAAGCCUGAAUACUGCAACACUUCAGUCACAGAGAAAUUUGAUUCAUUGUUAUUUCUGUGAUUUCAAGAUGGUUAACAGGAUGUUACUGUUGUGUAUUUGAUGAGCAUUAAUGAGCAAUAUUGUUGCAAUAUGUUUGAACAUUUCUCCCCUAAAAGCCUCUCUUUAAUAUCUGAAAUAAACCACUGAUACUCAA